CUUCCUUUUCAUGUUCUUCCGCACCCGCACCCGCUGCACGCCGCCGCCUGCUCAUAGGUCGUACCUCAUGUCAGUCACGCCUCGCAGCCAAUGAACGACCGCGCGAGGUCAAAGUGGUGGGACAUGACGCAAACUGGGGCUGUAUAAAGAACACGCAGCAACAUGAAAAAAACGUGUAUCCUGUAGAUGUUUUCUUCACGUAACCUGCCUGGGUAGAGAGACCGCGAAAAGCGUCAACAAAUCCAGACCUCACAAGUAACGUUCCACGCAGCAAAACACCCUACUUUUCAUCAUGGCACUCGAUGGAUGUGGCCUCUUCUGCAAGUAUACCCUCUUCAUUUUCAACCUCAUCUUUGCGUUGUUGGGCUUCGCCUUUCUCGGUCUCGGCUUGUGGCUGAGGUUCAGCGAAAGCACCAGAGGCAUCUUUCAGAUAGAGGACUUAAACUCAAGUGCAUUUGUUAUAGCCGUGACGGUACUGAUUGCUCUGGGCUCAGUGAUGCUGAUCGUGGUGGUGUUUGGAGACUACGGGGCCUGCAAUGAGAAAAGAUGUGCUCUGCAAGUGUUCUCCGUCCUUCUGACCAUUCUGGCAAUAGCCGAAAUUGCUAUUGGAGUGGUUGCUUAUUCCAGUAAGGAAGAGGUUGGACCGCGCAUUGUGGAGUUCUACAGUAGCCUGUAUGCUCUGUAUUUGAAUAGCGGAGACCCAGUCAUCGGUGCCACUCUCACAUUCAUCCACAAAAUGCUUCAUUGCUGUGGAGUGACCGGGGUCGUGGUGUUAGAGUUGGUCAAACACACCUGUCCCAAAGCAGAUGGGUUCUGGGAGCAGAUCAAGCAGCCUAACUGUCCUGCUGAGAUCCUGGGUGCCUUUAACAGCAAUGCGCCACUGGUGAUGGGCAUCUUUGUCGGAACGGGAGUUCUUUUGAUCAUAGCUCUGAUUUGCAGCACAACGCUCAGUAGAAAGAUCCGUCAGUCUCUCUCAUCUCCUCAGUACAUAAUCCUGACUCACUCCACUUCGGUCAUGGCUAACCCUCACCCGUCUCAGUGUGAAUUUGUCUCCUCCUCCUACCCUGACCAGGACCCAGUCUUCUUCACCCCUCUCUCUAUGGCCAACAUCCCUGUGGCUCAGUCUUAGUGUGCUCUUGCUGGUUUUCACUCUUAAUUUCAUGCAGUCUUGAUUUUAUUCCACAACACUCUGGCAUAGAAAAUGCACAUUUAUGUUUAUAUCCAUUCUCUCUUCUCUGCAUGGUCACUGCACUGUCAUCAGCUCGCUUAUAGGAAAAAUCCACCCUUAAUCAACUGCUUUUACAUAGUACAGGAACCAUUCACACAUUCAUAUACUGGCCGAGACUGCUGUAAAAAGGUGCCAUCUGCUCAUCAGAAACAGACACACGGCGCAUCAUUGGGUGCAACUCGGGGUUCAGUGUCUUGCCCAAGAACACUUUGAUUGAACCACCAACCUUCUGAUUGGAGGGCGACCCUUCUACCAUUGAGCCACAGCUGCUGAGAGGGAGAGAACUCCCUCCAGCAAUCUGCAGUGUUUUCUGAAAAUUAAACCACAUAAACCUAUUUUAAAUACAAUUGUUAACCUGAAAAUGAGCACUUAAAAAUUCGACAAGAUCAGAAAUUGAUUGUAUUUUGCUGUCCCAUCUGUUUAAAAAAAAAUAUAUAUUAUAGCUGCUUCUUAGGUUCGAGGUUAUUUCUAGAGAUGCAGAUAUAUAGACUGUUAAAGAAAACAUAUCCAGGGUUGGAUUUUACCUUAAGUGUCUACUUAUUCUUCAUAAGUUUAAAUAAAUUUAUUUUAUUCUGCACAAGCUUCUCAGUGUGUAGCUGCAUGAUAACGGGUGGCAUGGGCUGGUAACUAGAACUGUGGCUGGUGUAAUCCUCGAGGAGAUGAGAUUCAUGAAGGGUCACCCGCACUGCUUUGUCCCAUCCCUGCUCUUUACUUCCCCUCCUCCCUCUGUGUCUGCAUGACAGAUCAUUGCCUUGGUCUGCACCAUUAUCCUCCUGAAACAGACCAAGAGAACCCAGCAGGAGAUCACUGCGUACUAUACAACUGUGUACUAACCAGAGGAUUCGGUUUACAACCCUUACCCAUCUCACUCCAUGAGGACCAACGCUGGAUUUCAGGCUCAACCAGCAGACAAAUGUUUACAGAUUUUCUCUGAAUGUCAACUAUUGAGAACACUAGUGUUACCACUCAACCAGAAUUGUGUUCAAGUAAAUGUUUUUUUACCCUAAAAACAUCACUGUGCUAAUAAUUUGACCAAAUGUGAGCAGAUCUGUAGACAACCAAUAUUUUAUUGCGCUUUUGCUUUAAUAAUCAUGCAGUAACUCUUGCUGAAAUGGAUGUUGCUUAUAAAACGGCUAUUCAUCGGUCACAGCUAGACAGCCACUGGUUUCACCCGACAGGCCUCUACAUCAUUGUGGGCAUGCGAGAAGUAAUCGGAGGAUGAGCGUGACACGUCUGAUUAAUAACAAACUU